CAUAUGCGCAGAAGGCAAAACCCUCUAGCACAGAAACUGACAAACACCGUGACAUCUGCCCAACAAUGCCCGUCUACCAUAUAGUACUCUUCAAGCUAAAGCCAGAUGUCUCACAAGACAAUGUCGUGGAGCUUGAAGAGACAGCUGCAAGUCUGCAUGGCAAGAUUCCGGGUCUGAUCAAGAUUGACGUCGAAGCGCCGCAUCCACCCACUGCGCACCGUGGGCAGGGCUAUUAUAUGGGAUUAGUGGCUCGGUUGGAUGGACCGGAUCGUAUCGCAAGUUAUGCUGAGCAUAUGGAGCAUCAGAAGUAACUGAGAUCAUGUUGGAGUAGUAUUCAUUCAUGAAAGCUUGUAUGAGUAGAAGCGAAUGUGUGAGGUUGGUUGUAGGUUACACCGGCUGACACUGUCGUUGUGCGACGAGACUCUUGCGUACGACCUUCAGUUCGCAGAAUAGGCUGUGGUACAGAUGACCUCUUGCUCACCUUGCAUUCCAGAUUUCAGUAUAUCAGAAGAAGAAAGGGUCAGAUGCUAUCUAACAAGUGGGAAUGAUACUGCAUACUUUGC